GGAACAAGGAUUAGCGAAUGAGAGAGGAGCCGAUGCAAAGGCAAUUACUUCGAAAUGACCCGAAGCCGAACCUGUCAAAAAACAAUCGUGGAUUCACGAGGAAUAUUUUGGUGUUCUUCAUUUAAAACUCAAAUUAUAAAGUAUUGCGAAUACAAACUAAUCACAGAAGAUGCCUUUAUCCAGUAAAAUACAGGAGGACCUCAAUGUAAUAGUUGAGAGGAGUACUUAUUUAAAAUCUUGUCGAAUUAGAACAGGCAGAACCUAUACUUUUGGCAAAAGAGGAGAAGGACAGUUCACCCUAAAUCUAGAUGGAGCAGUUGGGUCUCCCUAUGGUUCAUCGUUUCGGAUGGAGAGAGUCUCAAAUAAACUUUACAAUGUAAAACUCAUAGAGGAUAACGUGGGUUCUCUGAACAUUGUUAAAAGUGGCGGUGAAGACAACAGAGACCUUUGUGAUGAUGGUCGUUCUCAGAAAUUAACACCAGAAGAAAUUAUACAGCUUAAGUCAUCAGGAUUAAGUGGAAGACAAGUUGUGCAGACUAUAACUGAGAAUAGUGCAACAUUCAAGGAAAAGACUGUGUACUCACAAGAAAAAUAUGUAAACAAGAAACACAAAAAAUAUGCAGAAGUUCUAACCAUACAUAAACCUUCCAUACGGCUCUUAAGUAGAAUGUAUUAUCAUCAAGAUCCACUCAAGAUAUCGAAUCUUCGUGUUGACACACUUUCACAACUCCUCUGUUAUGCAAAUAUCCAGCCAGGCGGUAAUUUUGCUGUGUUUGAGUCUGGCACAGCGGGAUUGGUAACUGCGGCCAUGCUACAUAGAAUGGGCACAAGUGGUCAUUUAGUACAUGUCUAUCAUGGUAAUCAUCCACAGAGAGAAGCAGUGGACCUCAUGAAUUUUACCGUACCUGAACUGGAAGUUAUGUCUUUUAUUAAUUUUACAAAAGUUCCGGAUAUAGAGGAGUUCAAAUCAAUAGAGAAUGGUUCUGAAAUACACCAAGAUAAUAAGGAAGAGUCAUUGUCAAAGGAAGAGCAUUGUACAAAGGAAGUAGGUGAAAAUGAAAUUAAUAAUGAAGCAAGUGAUAAAGACACUCAACUUGGCAAACCUAAAGUUUUUGUUAGAAAACAAAUUGAAGAUGUCCAGGUAUCAUUAUCAGUUUUGCAAGAAGGUAUUGAAGGGUUGGUAGUAGCGUGCCGCCAGCAUCCAGUUAACGUCACUACUCAGCUCCUCAAGUUUCUGAAACCUGGACUUCCUUUUGCAAUAUUCUCUCCAUACAAAGAGCCAUUGAUGACAUUGUACUUUGAAGUUAAAUCGCAGAAUUGCACCAAUUUACGACUAAGUGAAACAUGGUUGCGUCAUUAUCAAGUCUUACCUCAGCGAACACAUCCUGAAGUUAAUAUGUCUGGUGGUGGAGGAUACCUUCUUUAUGGAACUCGUAUUUCUAAAGAGUAAAUAUAUUUUUGUAGUUUCACUUCUGUUUCAAUAAAGUUUCCAUUUAAUUUUCA